UACAUAGUCGCUCGAUCGAUCAGUCGUUCGAGAGUGCCGCGAUCGUGUACGCCGUAGGAUUGUCCUGCCAAACGAAAUCAAGAAUUCGAGAUGAACUUUCUGGACUUCGCGGAAGAUUUCUCGCGUCUAAUCGUGCGCUAUACGAAAACUACAUCGAUAAGCGACGACCAAUCGAAAGAUGCUCCCAAGCCGAUGACCCAUGAAGAAAUAACGUCUAUCAUAAGUACCGUGCUUAGCGCGCUCGGGAUAAAGUCUACCGAUAUCACAAGGGUUCUGGAAAAUUCUUCGGCAGAUUCGUCAGUCAAUACAACGGUUUUCAGCACGCUAGCACCCUCGCAUCGCACAUCGACCAUAAGUAAACAGGAUGACAGCACGCGCAGGUUGUUAGCUAGCGUUGAGUCGACCUUGAAUUCUGAUUUUUCCAACUCCUGUUUGCUAUCGGAAGCCGAUGAGACAGAAACGAAAACUUCUCUCAAUAGCUCGCGAAAUCAAGAUAAGUUCGUUUCGCGCUCGACUCCCAUAAUUCGUGUCAACAAUAUCGGCAGAUCUGACACUUUUGUUUGUGAGAAAGAUCAGCAAGUAACGGCCGAUGAUGAUGUUUUCGAGACUGUUUCGAACGUUGAAGCAAAUUCACUAAACGACAGCUUCCUGGAAUUAUUUAACGAAAUACAAAAGUCGGUCUUGGAGCUACUGGACAAGCUAAAAAAGCAAAUAUACCUUCUGCUCGCUGAAUCGCUGGAUAAAUUACAUAAAAACUAUAGCUCGGACAGAGUCUGCUCUAACGCUAAUCAAAAGUCAACAUCGAUCAGAACGAAUUUGCCCGUCGCAAUGCACCGAUCGAUCAGCGCACAUUCUGGGACACCGACAACUUCGAAAUUGCGCCCGGUAGGCAAGGAAAAUAUAUCCGAUAGACGCAAAAGCGUGAGCAACGCGUCCGCUAUAAAACCUGAAAAAUCGAACAAACCCGCGAAACCCAUAGGUCGCUCGUUGUCAAAUCUAAAUCUCUCGAUGUGCGACAACGUUAACGUGUCGCUGACUUCGACAACUAAAUUCGUGAAAAAUCCAAAGUACGCUCACGUGCAGAGCACUAUACCGAAGCCGAUCAGGGCGAAUAACAAAAAGGCGUAAUUGCUCGCGCAAUUGGUGUACCGCAGCGCAAUUGUUGCACAGUCGUGCGAAGCACCUCAAAGAGCCGGGGAAGUUUUUAAUGAUUACCCCUCGUUUUUAAUGGUGCGCAUCAUGCAUAACGUUGAUCUUGAGAUGUUCGACCGGAAAACACACUCUUCGCCCGACCGACGUCGAUGUGUCACGAAUUACGAGCUCACGUCUGAACAAGUCGCGUUCGGGUUUCUUAAAUGCGUAUGACGCCGUUUCGCGAACGAGCCAUAAGCAAAUACGAGUAUCCGCGCACGCGGCGCGUAAUGCGUCCGCCGUAGGCUACACGCUCCGAGACGCUCCUCGUGCUCCUUUUGCCGGCUGGACCGAACACCUUGCACACCCUAACUGCAGCAUCGCGAGAGAAUGGGAGCAUCGACGAGACGAGAAAAUUAUUAACUCCAGCAUCGCUGUUUGAUCUCGGGCGCGCCGCAGCGAGAACGGAGAUUCCCGUGACGUGAUUACUUGAACGCGAGAUUUGUCAACUUUUCAAGUUACUAGCGACGACAAAUCUCGCGUUCGAGUACCUACGUCGCAAGAAUCUCCGUCCAAUCAAAAGAUUUAUGCGUUUCUUUUUAUGUUCGUACAUUAGUAAGAAAAUAUUACCAUGACUUUUUCAUUUUGCCUUGACCAAGUCAUUUUACAAAUUAACCAGAUUAACGAAUUAUAGCCAAUAUCAAAUAUUAUAGUAUUAAAAUAAAAGAACAACAUAUCUUAAUAAA